GAGUUAAGAACGAGACGGCAACAGUGUAAAGUUGAUAAUGUGGUAUUCAACAUGGCCGCGUAGUCAGUGUUGUGUGUGAUAGUUAAAGUGUAUUGAAUGGAUUAAGUCGUGAAUUAUGCCGAGAAAACGAAAUGGUGAAAUCCCAUUGCCCGACGGUUGGGAUUUUGGACAAGAUUACGAUGGAAAAAUUUAUUUUAUCGAUCACAUUUCGAAGAAAACUACGUGGAUUGACCCCAGAGACAGAUAUACCAAACCCCAAACUUUCGCCGAUUGUAUAGGAAACGAGUUACCUUUAGGAUGGGAAGAAGCAUUCGACGGUCAUAUCGGACAUUACUAUAUCGAUCACGUCAAUCAAAUAACGCAAUUGGAAGACCCGAGACAAGAAUGGCGAGCCAUACAGGAAGCCAUGUUAAGAGACUACCUCAUAACCGCUCAAGAUGUUCUAGAAGCCAAAAAAGAUAUUUACCAAGUUAAAUCCCAGAGAUUACUGUUAGCCCAGAAUGAAUACAACCAUCUCAACAAUGCUUUAACUAAUUUAACCACGUCCAGGACUAGCCUGUGCUCUUCCAGCAGUAGCGUAAGUACGAAAUAUGAUCCUGACCUCUUGAAAUCCGAUGUGGCUUUGGCGAAAAAUAGGGUCUCCAGGCUGAAAUCAGAAUUAGAACAAAUUAGGAACGAAAUGUCUUAUACACAAAGAGGUGUAGAAACUCUUACAAACGUGGAGCAGAAAUUGAGUUUGCAACAGGGAACCUGCUACAACAUAUCCGAAGCUCAAGCCAUCAUGGCGGAAUUGAGAAACAUCCAAAAAUCCCUGUCAUCGGGAGAAAAAGAAAAAGCUGAUUUGAUGCAAUCACUAGCCAAAUUAAAAGACGAUUUAACCAGAUUACAACUUUCGGAAAGUUCCCCGGACAUAUCCACCCUCAGUUUACCUCAAGAGAAAUUAAGCACAGCCUCCCAAACGGAUCUAUCUUGCGAAUUAGUACCGAUAGGUACCAGAUUAGCGGAGAUGGCGAAAAUGCGAUUAGAAUACGACGAAGCUAGGAAGAGGGUACAACACAUUCAACAAAAACUAGCGGAUUUGGAGGAAAAAGUACAACCCGGACAAGUGGAAUCUGAUAAAGACAGAUUAUUGUUGUUCCAAGAGAAAGAACAAUUAUUGAGAGAAUUGAGAAGUAUCACGCCCAGGAUGAGAUCUGAAGAAGAAAUGAGCGACAUACAAUUAGAAUGUAAAAAAUUAGAAGAAGAUUUAAAUAGGGCUUUGGAAAUAUCGAAUAGAGCGAUAGCUGACAGAUUGAGGUUACACGAAGAGAAACAACUACUCCUACAACAACUCAAAGACGGUUUAAAACAAAUGACCCAACUAGAAUCCCAAUUAAAAACUCUAUCGGCUAGUACUCUGUCGGUUAGUAGUAGUUCCAGUUUAGGUUCGUUAUCGACGACGAGCAGUAAAGGAUCUUUGAGUUCCGGUUUGAGUUUUACCGAUAUAUACGGCGGUCCGCAGUGCACCGGUACCAACAACACGGACAAACCAAUCGACAUGGCAGAUUUGCAUAAACGAGUAGAGAGAUUAUUGAGAAAUAGCGAUAGUACGACGCAUAUUCCGUCGCCUAGCAGAUCCCAACCGUCUUUAUCGCCGAGAAGUUCUUUGAGUUCGGUGUCACCUCCCGUGUCUCCUAUGUACGAGAAUCUCCCGAACAUCAUACCGCCCCCGGCGUACGAUCAAGUAAAAAGAGACAAAAAAUUACAGAUACACGAACGAUUGGUGGAACUGAUGCUUCCCAAUUCACAAGUUACUAGUAGUACCGAAUACCAUCAAAGGAGCUCCUUCCCCAGUUUAUCUCCUCUAACGGACCUUUUGGAGGCUACUAACAUGUCGCAAGGUUCAGGUCUCGGUAGGCCGAGUAGAUAUUCCUACGAAAGUUCGGGAGAUCCGCCUCUAUCUCCUAUAUCGGAAUCGACGCCGGCGAUAGAUCACGACGAGAUGCUGCAAGGUGCCGCGUUGUCAAGGACAUCUUCCUCGGGGACAAACACUAGAUCCGUUUCGGCGGCGGUUAGUGACGAAUCGGUCGCGGGUGAUUCGGGUGUGUUCGAAGCGUCGAAUAGGAAGAGGGUUUCGUUGGGUUUCGUCCAGGAUGUGGACAUGGAAACCGCCCAAGUACAAAUUAAACUUAAAUAUAGUACGACUGAAUGUAUGCUCAACAUUGUGGUGGAGAAAGCGAGGAAUUUGAGUGCUUUGUUAAUUCCAAAUAAUUCAGAAGUUUGUGUCAAAGCUGCGUUAUUGCCAGCCGUAUCGUCACAUCCUUCGGUAUUUUGUACAAAAUAUGUGAAAGAUUUGAGGAAGGCAACGUUCACUGACGCUUUCAGUAUACCAGUACCUGCAAAUAAACUUUUUACGAAAACUUUACAAAUUAACGUCUGGACUAGAAUAGUAGAUCAACAGGAUAAGUGCGUGGGUUGUGCCCAAGUAAGUUUAGCAGAUUUUAAUAUCCACAACGUAUCCCAAAAAUGGUACAACAUCCUUUCAUUACAAGAGGAUGUAUCUUCAUCGGUAACCCAUCUAAAACAGGAAUCCGAUCUUUCAUUACGUGAAAGAUCCGAUGAUAAACAUACGGGAAAAGAAGAAAGUUCAGACGAUUCCACGAUAAUAUCCUCCCAAACAUCGACUUUAACCCGAAAUCAAGAAACCGUAUUCCCUCCAACUAUAAAUCUUAAUUUCGAGGAACUCUACGACUGUUUCAAAAAUUCCGAAGAGUACGAAUCUCAAGAUUCCGAUGAAGAUUUAGAAGACGACGAUGAAGAAUGCGAAGAAGAAGGUAUCACUGUAGAAUUCAGGCCGAAUGAAAAAUUGGACGUUGUUUUGGAACAAGGAGAUGUUGAACCCGAAUAUUACGAUAAACAAACUAACACCGAAUGCGCUUUCCAUCCAGAACAAGCUAAACAGAUGCGACUACAAGCUGCUAAACCCGGAACUGUAAUUGAAGAUAGAGGAGCUAUAAAAAGGUCGCAAACUUUCUCGCCUAGCGCCCACGUUUCCAAAAAUCAAUACAUUUGCAAACUGAACCGAAGCGAUAGCGACAGCGCUAUGCCUUUAUACCGUCGAGGUAGUAAACCAUUCGAAAGACACGCCGUCGAACGACGAUCAUUACGUUUCAGACGACCGUCCGGUUCUAUGGCCGCUUUAUCAACAACCAAAACGCAAAAUCAUCAUACCCCAACAGCCAGAACCUCCAUAGACUUGGAAUUAGAUCUUCAAGCCCAACAUACACGUUUAGAUAAACUCAACUCAGAGUUGGGUAGAUUGAGAGAGCUUAAACAAAGACUGGAAACUGCCAAAGAACAAGGUGAUACAGAAUUGGCAGCUUAUUUGUUGGAGGACCGACAGUUCCAAAAUCUGAUAGCUCAAGCGGAGAGCUGCAGGACGGCGAAAACGGCAGAAGAAAAGAAAAUUGAGAAGAUGUUGAGGAAGGUUUCGAAGGAAAUUUACAAACUGAGAAAAUCGAAGGCUGGUAAUGGAAAACCGGACGUUAUUUCUUUCCAAGAAAAAAUGGCGUUCUUUACCCGAUCUGAUUCUAUAGUACCUUUUUUCCCAACUCAAGACGAGUGCCAUCAUUCGAUAGUCGAUAGUACGAAAAGACCGAUGAACGAAGAAUCGUCACAGAGUGUUGUUGGUGAAGUAAAUGACUGUAAUAAAAACGUUGGGGAUGAAGAAAAUAGUACGGGAGACGGAAGGUACAAUUAUGUCGUCGAUAGAGUAUUGGGUGUUGAAGUUUAGUAAUUUAUCCAAGUAUAGGAAAAUUUUUUAUAACUAAAAGGAAAAUAUAAAUGGAGAUUUUUCCUGUUGGAAAAAUGUGACAGACCAAAUUUGGAAUUCAUAAUUCUUACAACCGUUUUCACAAUUUUUUUUAUAUAUUAACUCAUUUGCAAAGUUUGUAUGUUUUCCUAAAUUGAAUUUCUUAACAGCUGAAAACAAUUUUUUGAUUAUUUGCCAAAAGUUUUCUGAAGAAUUUGUAGGUCACAAAAAAGCUCUCUAUUCCAAGAGGUUCCAAAAUGUUAUAGAUUUUUCACUACAUUCAAAUUUUUUUUUCAAUUACUUUUCUCUUUUCCAGAUAAAUUAAAAAGUUUCCGUUUGUUCUAAGACACUUCAAAUUGUUUUAAGAUUGUUAAAAAAUGUCAGGAAGCUUCCAAAGGACAUCCAAGUGAUUCAAGACAGUUGAAAUAAAGUGAAUAUGCUUUUAUAACUCUCCAAACAUUUUUCUAGAAGUUAAUUUUUUUUUAUCAGUUUCUUUAUGAAGCUGGAAAGUCUUAGUUUCUUUAGAGAGAUUUUGAAGUUACAGUUGAAGAUUUUAAAAACUUCUCAAUUUUCAACAAUGUACUUAGUUAAUUUCCUUAUCUAUAGAAGUUUCCAGAUGCUAUUGGAAAGUUUCAGUUUCUUCCAAAGGGCUUCCAAGUCAUUUACAACAGUUUAAAAAAAUAUCAAAAUGCUUCUAGAAGCUUCUCAAUCUCCAAUAUUGACUUUUAAUUUGCUCCAAAGGGUAUCAAAGUCUUAAAGGACAGUUGAAAAAUGUCACGAAGUCUUACAAGCUCUCAAAUACUUUCAUAAUGCCCUAAAGAGCUUCAAAAUAUUAUAAGAGAACUUUAGAAUGUUUUGGAUGAUCCAGGAAAGUUUUAGAUUGUUUAGAGGUUUGGAGAGACUCCAAAGUGAUUUAAGACAGUUGAAAAAAAUGUUAAGAUGCUGUUACAAACUUCUCUAUCUCGAGAAAUGUGUCCAAAAGUUUACUUGCAAAAAAAUUCCAGUCACCUCAUUGCUCAAAACUUAUCUUCAUAAUUUGUUGUGGUUUUUGCAUAAUAAUAUUGAGAUUCUUGAAAUAUCUGGUUAUAUAAUGUUGUUAUUCUGUGUGUGCCUUUCAUUUUUUUAAAUCACUGUCUACCAAUAAUUAUAUACAAAUAUUCAAUUAAAAUAUUCCUUAUUGAUAUUUGAAAAAAUGAUGUAUGGUUGCUGGUUUGAAUUACAUAUUAAUAUUAUGAAAAUACAAAAGUUAGGAAUGUUACAUUUGAACUACUAUCCCGUUUAUAAUUGUAGUAGUAAUACAGAAAAUAUUCUCAAUUUCCAUCCCUCUGAAAAUAUGAGAUUCCAUAAUACAGGAUUAUAGUGAAUAGUUUUGAUUUGAAAUUAAUAUUUUAUAUGAAAAAAGAAGAAAUUUAAAUGAAAAUUAGGGUAUCUUUGGGUGUAUGUUUGGGAAAAAAUAUUCAUUGUGUACCGUCUUAGAAAGAUUCUCAACUCUAAUAUUGAAAUCAGUUCUAUGAGAUUGGGUAGAAUUAUUGUUGAGUUUUAUUUAAAGAAAAAACCUUCUUUCAUAGAACGGAUUUCACCUUUUUUUAUAUUUUUUUACUAGUGUCACUUUCAACUAUAUUAGUUGAUUAUAUUAUAUAUAUAUAUAUUAUAGAAAUCGACUACUUCAUUUUUAUGUUUUUAUUUUGUAUUAUAUGUAAAUAUUAAUUGUUUUAAGAAAACGUAAAUUAUCUAUGAAAUACAUUCUAAUUAAAGUAUAUGGUUCUAAUAAUGAAAUAUCUAUUAAAAAUUGUUUUUAAUA